CCGGCCGUGCUCCGAUCCCUUCUCCCGGCCCCUCCUACCUGCAGCCCCUGGGGCUCGGCGGGGCUAAGUGGCGCGCGAAGAUCCCGGCCGCCGAGCCCCGCCCCUGUCCCGGGCUGCUGCCUCGGGUUCGCCUAAGGCCCAGCAGCCCUCCUCCAGAAGUCUCCUCGCGGCCUGCAACCCCCACCGCCACUGACCACAGUGGGCUCGCCGUCUCCCCGCCCCCGCGUCAGCUUCUGGGGACCCGCCCAUAGCCAGUUCGGGGCGGUUGCUCUGGUCCACCAGAUCUCCCCGCCCCCUCCUGCGGGUGCAGGAGGCCGCGGAGAAGAGGCACCGAGUGAACUGGGCCCUAACGAGCAUCACCUCUUAAUCCUCAGAACAUCCCAGGGAGGUCCACAGGGUCCCAUCUCCUGGGCCAUGAGUGAGCUGAAGGACUGCCCGUUGCAGUUCCAUGACUUCAAGUCUGUGGACCACCUGAAGGUCUGUCCCCGCUACACAGCAGUGCUGGCCCGCUCUGAGGAUGAUGGCAUCGGCAUUGAGGAGCUGGACACCCUGCAGCUGGAGCUUGAGACACUGCUGUCCUCUGCAAGCCGGCGACUGCGUGUGCUAGAGGCUGAAACCCAGAUCCUCACGGACUGGCAGGAUAAGAAAGGUGACCGACGAUUUCUGAAGCUGGGAAGAGACCAUGAGCUUGGAGCUCCACCCAAACAUGGGAAGCCCAAGAAGCAGAAGCUAGAAGGGAAAGCAGGACAUGGGCCAGGCCCUGGCCCUGGCCGACCCAAAUCCAAAAACCUUCAGCCCAAGAUCCAAGAAUAUGAAUUCACUGAUGACCCAAUUGACGUACCACGGAUCCCCAAGAAUGAUGCCCCCAACAGGUUCUGGGCCUCUGUGGAACCCUACUGUGCCGAUAUCACUAGUGAGGAGGUUCGCACACUUGAGGAGCUCCUGAAACCCCCCGAAGAUGAAGCUGAACAUUACAAGAUCCCCCCACUGGGGAAGCACUACUCCCAGCGCUGGGCCCAGGAGGAUCUUCUGGAGGAGCAGAAGGAUGGGGCCCGAGCAGCUGCCGUAGCUGACAAGAAGAAAGGCCUCAUGGGACCACUGACUGAACUGGACACAAAAGAUGUGGAUGCCCUGCUGAAGAAGUCUGAGGCACAGCAUGAGCAGCCCGAAGAUGGAUGCCCCUUUGGUGCCCUUACGCAGCGUCUCCUACAGGCCCUGGUAGAGGAGAAUAUUAUUUCCCCUAUGGAGGACUCCCCGAUUCCUGACAUGUCUGGGAAGGAAUCAGGAGCUGAUGGGGCAAGCACCUCUCCCCGCAAUCAGAAUAAGCCCUUCAGUGUGCCACACACCAAGUCCCUGGAGAGCCGUAUCAAGGAGGAGCUGAUUGCCCAGGGCCUUUUGGAGUCAGAGGACCGGCCUGCUGAGGACUCAGAGGAUGAGGUCCUUGCUGAACUACGCAAACGCCAGGCUGAGCUGAAGGCACUCAGUGCCCAUAACCGCACCAAGAAACAUGACCUGCUGAGGCUGGCAAAGGAGGAGGUGAGCCGGCAGGAGCUGAGGCAGCGGGUCCGGAUGGCAGACAAUGAGGUCAUGGAUGCCUUUCGUAAGAUCAUGGCUGCUCGUCAGAAGAAGCGGACCCCCACCAAGAAAGAGAAGGACCAGGCCUGGAAGACUCUGAAGGAGCGUGAGAGCAUCCUAAAGUUGCUAGAUGGGUAGCUCUCACUUUGCUGCUGGCAAUCUUCCUGGUCUGGCAGGGGCCAACUUCCUUCAAAGCCCUGGCCCAUGGCUGCCCAUCAAAUGCCCACGGUCUCUGGAAGGCUGAGGCCCUCCUCCCUGGUCUCUCAGGCUUUGUUUCUAGAUUCCUCUUUUCCUUUUUCACAUCCCCCAUACUCCUCUGUCCCUUGAGGACUUCUCCCUUGUGGUUUUGUUAAAUGCAAACUUAAGAAUAAAGUGACUGCUGUGUUUUCUUAUUUUAA